CGACGUUGCCGUCGUCGUCGACGGCCGUGUAUAACGCAUCUCUCUCGCGUAUACCUAUAUACAUACGUCGCCGCUACCGCGUGAAAGAGAGAGAGAGAUAGAGAGAGAGCGCGAGAGAGACGGCGCAAGAGGGAGAGAGUUGCCGAGUACAGUCGCGAAGGGAACCGAACCGAAGCGGAGCAGCGAAAGAAAAUUCGGCGGGUUCGCGCUUUUCCGCUCGGGGCCCGCCGGCCAGUUCAUCGCGGAACGGAGGAGCUGUACAACGUCCAUUGUAACGCUGCGCGCUGUACCUCUAAAGCGGCCGCUCUGCCGCCGGACGUGAGAGCAGCAGCAGCAGCAGCAGCGAGCGUCGCGGAGAGUAGGAAGGUUUUGCGCGUGUGUUGCGUCGCUUGGGUGUGACACGCGCGCGCAGCUAGAUCCUCGUUCCUCGUCAUCCUCGACGGCGUCAGUGUGCUCGUAGUGCCAGGUAGUGUGUCAGUUAUCAGGACGAUGCAGGAGGAGCCAAUGCGGACUUAAAGUUGAAGUUGACGAUCCGAGGGAUCCGGGCACUGUGAUUUUACAAUAGAUACAUACAAUAGAUCAGGUAGAACAAUAUCUAGAGCCACAGUGCACACAAUACAGAAGCGCGAGAUAACCAUAACGCGUGCCACAGCAGCAGCCCCGACGUUGUCUUUCCUCCCCGCUCACUCUCCAGUGCGGCUGCCCUUGAGGCCCUCCAGGAGAGAGCUAUGGCUUGCCGAGUCGACGAUGGAUGAAUGGGAGUGAGUCCGAGGUGGACGGCGCGAAGGGGUCGGCGGCGGCUUCGGCGGCCGCGUCGUCGAAGCAGCGGCAGCAGUAGCAGCGGCGGCAGUAGCAGCGUGGCUGGGCGGCCCUCCUGGCUGAAUGUCGAGGCGUCAGCGCUGCCGACGUCAGUGGCAGUGAUGGCCCCUGCUCUGACGGAAGCCGGACCUCAGAAAGCUGAGAAUUUGCUCAAGCCGGCGGGCGGCUUCCUAUCCGCCGAGCAGGCCAAGCAGGUUUGUCAAAACCGCGAGAUCCUGGCCCAGUUCGUCGUCUCCGCCAACGUUCAACCAUCGAAAAUUGACGAGCAGUGUUUGUACGGAAUCCCAAAGGAUCUGAUCAACGAUGUUAUCAACCUUAAGUUCGGCAGUGGUUUCGACAGUUUGUCCGACCUGAUUGCCGGGGCGCCGAGAAAGGAGUCGGCACCAGCGGCGGUGCGCAAGUCCCAGGUGUCGGGCGGCGCCGCUAUAAUGAACGACCCAUCUAUGGGCGAUUCAGCAGAUAGUAUGUGUUUCUUCAAACAAAUCAUGGGUCCUGGAGAAGCUGAGGAAUCUUGCGAAAUCGCUGAGAUCGUGGGCGAGGCCGCCAAAGCAGGACAGAGCGUCGACGAGAAUAACGACGAGACGACUGCUAACGCUGAGGAUAAACAGCAGACUGAUGAAGAGGUAAGGAGUCUCGAGCAACUCAUGGGCUUUGACAGCGACAUGAACGUGCAAAGUGCCGACAUUGGUCAAAAUGUCGAAGAGUUACUACAGGUGAUAAAGUGUAUGGAAAAUGCUGCGGAAGUGGGAAACGUAAUAGACGGUGACGGAGCUUGUAGCGAUGUCGAUAUCUCAGUCCAGUCAGCAUCCGAAGGUGUAUCGGAAAUCUUUGCGGAUGGCGAGGGUUUUUCGCUGACCCUCUUAAAUGAAGUGGCUAUGAUGGGACUUGUCAAUGACAACUUAUCGGAUAGCGGUGUUGUCGCGACAGAUCAUCCGACACAAGAAACGUCGCCAUUAAUACACGAGCAACAGCUGCGGUUGGAGCAGCAACAAACCGCGAAAAUCGACCAAGUCGCGCAGAACCAGGCGCAAGUUGAAAGGCGGCAGCACGAUCUUGAGCGGCGUCUUGCCUGUCUAAAACGCAGGGCGCAGAAAAUCCAGGCAAGGCAAGUUGGCGAACACGCAGCCGAAGAGACGGGUCAUGUGCUCGAGCUCGCCCAACAAAACGCCCAGAAAGCCUUCUAUGAAGAUCUCGCCAGUCUUGGACCCAAGGCGGGUAACACGCGCAACUUCCCAGACCUCGCGGGGAAUCUCAACUCGUUUAUGCAGAAAGUUGAAAAACAUUGUACCGCUCAAAGUACCAGCAUUGCUGUGAGACCGCGAAGUGUUUGCCGGUACUUCGGCGCCGGCUCCAAGGACAAUUACGUCAACACGACGGCUAAUCGUGUGCCGGCGUUCGGAGUGCCGCAAAUUAAGCUAGAUAAAGUGCAAGUUGAAAAUGUUGCGGGACCGUUGGCUACCAGCCUCAAGAUCAUACAGAACCACUAUGAUUCGGACGUUACAGCGUCGAGUAGUGGUGGCGAGAGUUGUGAUGAAAUGCAGAUUUUCAAUAAUACGCAGCAACAACCGUUAUCAAUUAUAAAGCGAGCAAGUUGGCGGUACGCACAAGACCGAGCGAACGUGGCCGCCCGAUGGACCUGGCUACAGACCCAGAUCUCGGACCUCGAGUACAAGAUCCGUCAGCACAACGAGAUGCAACGUCAGAUCCGUACAGCCAAGGGCUUGGUCAUGCUCGAGGCGGAAUCACCUUCUGCGGCGGUUAAUGGUUACAGCGGCUUGUUGCCCGGCUCGACGCUUGGUCGUGGCUGCUCGUACGAUGGAGCUACAACCUCGAUGCCUUCAACGUCUGAAGCAGGGACAAGCGCUAGUACCGGUGGCUUUGGGUCGAGCAGAACGAGGCCGUUCGUGCGCUCAAUGUACCGAAAGCGCAAGCUCGUGCAGCUCGACGGGCUGCACGAGCUGUCGAAGAAGGCCGCCAGACCAGCGACUAUUAGAUGCAGUUGCGACGGAAGCCACGCACCCUGUGCCGUUUGUACCGGACGAACGGAUCCUUGCCCCAGUCAUGACGCGCUCGAACUGCUGUCAACACCCGAACGCAUCGCCGCUGUCGAUCCGAGCUUUCACCCCGUCCUCUCUAUGCCUGAUGAUGUGACUCACACUGUACACAUGGACGCUAUUAUGCGAUCGUCGGAAUGGCAACAAAAAAUGAUGAGAGGAGGCGCACGCAUUUUAAAGCUGAAGGAUAAGGAUGGAAAUGAAAGGAGAAACAGAAAGGUGUCGGAUCAUCAUACCAAAUAUCCAGCGAGAUUGAAAAAGUCGCCGACGUCUUUAAUUACUGCGCGGAUAAAGCAAAAAGUCUUGAAGGGCAAGCGAAGUCGGAGCAGUACAGAGCGGACGAAUCAUGGCAUCGGUCGAAAGCGCGGACCAAAACAGCAGUCACAAUCGCAGUCACUGCAGACAUCGUCUGCGCUGGACGAUGAAGAAGAGGCCAGUGCGCUUUCCAGUUCGAGCAAGUACUCGUCGCCAGUGCCUUCCCCUCUUCAGCCCGGUGGCGCCAACGCGACCGCGACGCUCGGUACGGUGGGGACGACGACCGGCUCCGCUGCAGCCACGACGGUACCACUCCCACCACCCGAAAAAAAUACGCUUAAAGAGAAAUCUUUCAACAGUCACAGUCAUAGUCGUUUACGACAAAAUUCGUACGACAUUGACAAUAUUGUCAUACCGUACAGUGUCGCUUCUGCAACGAGACUGGAAAAGCUGCCCUACAAGGAAAUUCAAAUACCAAAAUGGAGGCUGUGCGAUAAUUCAUCAAAUUCUUCGGACGUAAAUAACGGCGCUGUUCAAAAGUCUUUGCCGGAUAGCGAUGUUGAAGACGUUUCCGAGGAGGCGAUCGCACUGCGGCACGAGCGAAGUGAAAGGGAAGAGAACAAACGUUUCAUGACUUUCAUAAAUUUGCCGCAGUCGCGGAUGCGUCACAGCCGACGAACAGACAGUCGAACAGAUAGCGGGGCUAAUACGCCAGAUCCUAUGUCGCCGCACGCUAGCGAUUUCGGUGGAGAUAUUACGAUGUCACCGAUAACCUCGCCACCGGCUACGCCCUCAAAUGUCCAUGAUAGCGAGCAUUCUCAGCAACAGCAAACGGAGACUCAUCAUCGCUCGGGCUCCCUGCAAAACGCGCUGCGUCGUAGGACAAUGUCUUCGUCCGCCCGCUCGCAAAAGGACGAGGCAAACAAUUCUGUUAUUGAAGAAGAGCAUGAGCAAGUCUUGCCAUACGAACCAAGAAGGUUUCCUUUAACUGAUGAAGACUAUGACAAAAUGCUAGAAGCGAUGCCGGGCGGACAUUUACAGGCCUCUUCAAUGUCUGCCUGCUCUCCAGCCGUACAAAAAGUGGAUGAUAUAGAUUCUCAGGAAUCAGAUUCAACAGAAUCUGCCUUGUGCGAUAUGGAAGGAGAGGAUCCAAACGAUCCUGAAUGGACAGUAGCAGAAGCAAGAGAAACAGAAAAAGAGCGAAUUCGUCCUACAGCCAAGAGAUAGGAGAGGCUCGCGAGAAGCUCCAUACUUUUGGCGCGUAUCUCGAUUUUAAUGGCGAGUGUUUGUUUUUCUAUGCAAAAUAAGCUACCUGUCAAUUGUUAUGCAUACCUGUCAGUGACAACAUUGCACCUUGUGUAAAAGUAUGAUACUAUCAAGCUGUAAAGUGUAUUAUAAUUAUAAAUUUUGUAACUUCACCGACGUUUGCGCUUUAAUAGCUUUAUCUUUAAAGAAAACUGAUAACGAAAAAUCCGCUCAAAUAGCUUUUUUGUAAAAAAAGGAAUGAAAAAAAAGAAACUCGAAAAAAAUUGCGUCUGAUGAUUUAGAACCGUUGAAUUAAAGAAAACUUAAGAGGCAGGGAGAAUGUAUUUAUACUUAAUUUUUAGAAUAGAAACUCGAAGUUUAACUAGGCGAGUCGCAACAAUGAAUAAAAGUGCCAAUUCCAAUCUCUGUA